AUGCCUUUCUACAACGUUACCCUCAAGAAGGACUCCCCCCCCGAGGAGCUCCAGAAGGCCAAGGACAAGGCCGUCGAGCAGGGCGGUUCCAUCAAGCACGAAUACACCCUGAUCAAGGGCUUCACUGUUGAAUACCCCGCCGACCACGUCUCCGUCCUGGAGUCCUCCGACCACAUCCACGUCGAGCAGGACGGCGAGGUCUCGAUCCAGUAG